UGUGUUCGAAUCGUCAAUCUAGAGCCUGAAAAAUUCUAUCCGCCACCACUGACAAUAUGCUGUCAAUUAACUAAUUAAUGGUCAAGGGAUAUCUUCCAGCCGCUUGACAAGGAUUUUUAACAACACGCAUGAUUGGGUCAUCCAGGCACAACGACAUCAGUACAGACCGAAUCACCAGACGACGUGAAUCAGCCAUCAGUUAUAAGCAGCCAACUCGACCUUUUAUCAGAGCGCCUGAUGAACGUAGGAACGGGUAAGAGAGCACCAGCCAGAAGAGUCAACCAACAUAUGAUGCCAGAGGACUCUGACGAAGAAAGCGAUGCGGGACACUCCCCAGUAUCAAACUCCCCGCCACCUCAAUCUUCCUGCUCUCAAGCUGUGGCAUCUAGGCCAUUAUGCAGCGGACUGAUCAACGCUCGAGUAGACUUGGAAAUGAAGAGUUUAUGGGAAGAAUUUCACGGGCUCGGCACAGAGAUGAUAGUGACGAAGGCGGGAAGACGCAUGUUUCCAACAUUUCAAGUGCGCCUUCAAGGUCUGGACCCGUCGGCUAAGUACAUCCUAAUGAUGGACUUCAUACCAGUCGACGAUAAACGUUAUCGGUACGCUUUUCACAGUUCCAAGUGGCUGGUGGCAGGCAAAGCAGACGCCAGUGUACCCGGGAGAGUACACAUUCACCCUGACUCACCCUGCACUGGACAGCAAUGGAUGAAACAGAUCGUGUCUUUUGACAAACUUAAACUCACCAACAACCUUAUGGAUGACAACGGGCAUAUCAUCCUUAACUCAAUGCACAAGUACCAGCCAAGAUUUCACGUGAUUCUUGACGAAUCGGAGAAAGGAAAUUCCAGGGCGAGUCUCCAUGAAACCAACAAGGAUCAUCUACGAACGUUCAUCUUCCCUGAGACACAGUUCAUGGCCGUCACAGCUUAUCAGAAUCACAUGAUAACACAGCUGAAGAUCGCCAGCAAUCCAUUUGCCAAAGGGUUCCGAGAUUGUGACCCGGAUGACUGUGUUAUGGAAGUCAUGAAACAACUUGACCAGGGAGAAAUCUCUGCGACCGCUCGUGCCAGGUUACAUGGGGACAUGGUAUCUCAAAGAAAUGAACCUCAAGUACCUCGGCCUCAGGCUCCCCGGCCAGUGCCUCCUGUCAGCGCUGUAAAUCCAGCCUUCACCUAUCCAGGUCCGUAUGAAAAUAGAGGAACUCCGCUGACGCACAUACCCAGAAAUCUCCCGAACUCUUCGCCUCCCGGAGGAUAUCUACCUAUGAUGCCUCAAAUGAUGGGCCACGUGGGCCCUAACCCGAUGUCGCCGACUUCUCCGACGAGCCCUGGAUAUGGCCAGCGCACAUAUCAAUCAUUACGCAUGCACAGGACAAUGCCAUAUCCCACAAGGCAAAGCAGGUCUUCUUCAAGCGAUGAAAGUUGCCCAUAGAAACACACCUGAAGUUUAAUACAUUGAAUUAAAGCCGAAUCUCACGAAAAGAAUUUGCAGUUAUAAUGACAUUUUCUUUAACGAAUGUAAAAGGCUAAAAGGUGAUGCUUGUACAUAAACAAAGACAAUUGAAAUAUACGGCAUAUUGCAUCUUUUUUCAAACAAUAACUUGCCUUUUUUGUUUCCUCAAUUCAAAGAAGAAAAGAACAGAGACCACCAUACUCGUUUAUUUGGAAAUGACAAUUUGUUUCGCUAUUGUCUUAAGUUCUCGUCCAAAUCAAGCGGUGUAAUUAUGUGCAGUAGAGAUUCACAUCUUGUGAUCAUGUUUGUUUUUUUUAAUAACCAAUUGGAUACCUAAGUUCUGCGUCUGCGCAUUUGUAAACAGUAACGUGCCCUCGUAUGCGCAAGGAGAAGCGAACAUCACAAGAAAGUAUUCACGAAAAAACCCGGUAAGUCGCUUUAGUAAAAAACCGUAGUAAAUUUCUCAAGUAAAAGCUGGAAGUAACCUGGUUCUUCUAAGUAAAUCAGAGAAAUAUGAAAUUAGCGUCAGUUAUUUCAACUUUCAUCCAGUCAAAUCAAGUAUAAUUCUCUAAACUAGAAUUUCGACUCCACCAUCUGCGCGAACUCCAAACUCGAGAAUGUACGCCGCCUUCAUAACAAAGACAACACCUCACGUUACACGUAAGUGACGGAAAUAACCUCAAAGUGUUACUACUUCCGGCAUUUCGCAAAAAAAAAAUGUAUAACUAUUUAGUGACCUAAUGGACCCUACCAUUUUUAAACAUAGGAUUUUUUUUUGCUGGUACUUGAUCUACGCUUGAUUCCAAUGUCUACUGUUCUUAGCACGUGCUUUGCUUCAAUUUCUUGACAAUUUGCAUUUUGUAUAUUGAAAUAAAAGCCCUGCAAGGGUCAAUUAGCUAAGUUUUCAGUUCCGGCGACUUUAAAGUUCAGAGGACUAAUUCGUAUUUAUCCUCUGUGAUGAAAUCUUGACCACAUAAUAAAACGUUCAGAGUUCACCUUGAA